CGUAAAUAUAAAUAUUGAUUCAAAUAAUGAGUCAAUAAAUAAUUUUGAAGAUAAUUUUCAACCUACAAUUAGCUCAACGCUUCCUGAUUCGGAACAAUAUUUAGCAACAUUAGCCUCAUAAAAAAUUAUCACCAAAAGAAGAAAUGAAUAAAAAAGGAAUUGCAUUACAUGACGGCCUUCUAUUUUUAUUAAAAUUGGCCUGGGAAUCAAGAUUUCGUCUUCCAAUAUUAUUAACUGUGUUAUUUAUGGCAUUAGAUUUAAGGGUACAAGUUGAUAUCAAUAUACAUGGUCUACAAAACGUUGAUGCCCGUGAAAUUGAUCAAGAUUCUGAUGAAUCUGAAUUCUCGGAUGCAACAUCACAUUCGGAUCAUCGUGGUGAUCCCGAUACAGAUCCAAUAUUUUGAAAACAAUUUUACUUAAAAAUUGUGUUUUCUAAUAAUAUUGUGUAUUCCCGCACACGGGAAUUGGAGGACAUAUUGAUUUUGGUGUUUAUUAUUUUUUGUGUAUUUUUUUUGGAAAAACAAAGUACGCGUGCGUAUUUGAGAACCAUGUAUACAGCAAGAAUUUGAUUCAUUAUUUUUUUUUUAUUUUAUUUUUUAAAUUAAUAUUUUGUUUUAACAUUUAGAGAGAACCGUUAUUAAUUUCUUAUCUUAACUUUUAAUUUAUAUAUUUUUCAUUAAAGUUUAUUUUUAAUAUGAAUGCUAUUUGUUUUAUAUUACAUUUUUGAUACGUACAGUAUGUGAAAAAUGGAGUAGUGGCUAGCUCAGUCGCCUCCGGAUACAGAGUUCCUCGGUUCGUAUCUAGCAUUGUUCCGAAUAUAUUUUUAUUAAAUAAGAUUAUACCGAGGUAAUGUCACUUUUUUGCAUAAUUGUUAUGAGAACCAUUAGCGACAAAUAAGUAAUAAAAUAU